GAGAUAAGUUAGCGAUACCUAAUUUUAAUACAAUCUCUUUACUUACUAUUAUAGAAAAACAAAUAAAGAGAAAACUCUAUCAAAACGUUUAAACGAGGGUUUCUUUCCUUAGCUCCCAGCUAAACGACUCAAAACGCUCAAUCUCUCUUACCGUUUUGAUUUCUGAGGUACUGAAUCGUAGUUUUCAAGACCAUGUCUGGUGAAGAGGAGGAAAACGCCGCAGAACUCAAAAUCGGAGACGAGUUUUUGAAAGCGAAGUGUUUGAUGAACUGUGAAGUUUCAUUAAUUCUGGAGCACAAAUAUGAGCAGCUUCAGCAGUCAUCUGAUGAUGCUGUGAAUCAAGUUUCUCAGGUAUUUGAGAAGUCAUUGCAGUAUGUGAAGCGUUUCAGCCGCUAUAAAAAUCCUGAUGCUGUUAGACAAGUUCGAGAAAUUCUGGCAAGAUAUCAGUUGGCUGAGUUUGAGCUGUGUGUCCUAGGCAAUCUUUGCCCAGAAACUGUGGAGGAAGCUAUUGCUAUGGUUCCAUCUAUUAAGACAAGAGGGCGAGCUCAGGAUGACGAAGCAAUUGAGAAAAUGUUAAACGACUUAUCACUAAUUAAGAAAUUUGAAUAAACUUUCGACCAAUACUUGCAAAUCAUGGCUAUUCCUGUGCUGUAUGUAAUGUUAGUGGUACUAUAUGUCAUAUCACUUGAGUGCGAGCAAAUGUGUUAUAUGGUUGUUACAAAACUCAUCAUGGUAAUAUAGUAGCAACUUUACCUUGAUAAAACUUUUAUCAAGAGGGAUUUGAUAGA